GUCAGAUUUCUGGUGAUACGAAAAUUUGUUUACAAUUUUUUUUAAAUGGAGCCUGAGAUAUUAACACGUUUAGUGCCACAAGGAAAAGAAGUUCUGCGACCAGCAUGUAAAAAGUGUGGAUAUGCUGGACAUUUAACUUAUCAAUGUCGUAAUUUUAUUAAAGUCGAUCCAAAUCGUGAAAUUGUUUUGGAUGUAAGUAGCACAAGUAGCGAUACCGAAGAAGAUUAUAAAACACCAUUAACAGAUUUACGAGAAAUUGAAUUAAAAGAGAAAUUAAAAGAAGUGAAAAAGAAGAAGCAUAAAAAGCAUAAGCAUCGUUCGCGUAGUCGUUCAAGAACACGUAGUCGAUCAGAAUCAAGUGACUCGGAAGAUGAAAAACGUAAGGAAAAACGAAAGAAACAUAAAAAACAUAAAAAGAAAAGUUCUAAGAAGAAAAAGAAAUCUAAAAGUCGUCAUAGUUCAGAAUCAGAUUCUUGAUUCUCUUGAAUAAUUGUAAAAAUUUAAUUUUUAA